UACUGACCGAUGUUUCACACAGUUUUCGCUUUCUACUCUUAAUCAAGCGUGCUUAUGCUUCAUGGGAAAUGUAGUCAGUGUUCUCUAGUUGCCUGAAUAAAAGACAUGAAUGCUGGAGGAAAAAAACUACAUUAACUAGCCAACAGCGAAACUAUUUUGUGUUAAUGACGACAGCUUACAAUUUCUGACGAGGGUUCCAAAGUUCGCUACGUUGUAAACAACUCGUUCGCCUGACAGCACAUGCUCAACUUCACGCUACAAUGCAAGAAUCCGCUGAAUGUUAUCCAGUAUUCCAGUAUGGCAAGUGCCGUUUCGACCAGAGCACGUUUGUUGGCAGAUUCAGACACUUCCUGGAUGUGAUUGACCCGAGGACCCUGUUUGUGUCAGAGAAAAGUCUUCAGGAGUGUCUGGAUCUCCUAGACCAUUUCCAUCAUGGAACUCUCCCUACAGGGGUGACCAACGCCCAGCUUUGGCAAGCUCAAAAGAUAAAACAGGCCAUCCUCCACCCUGACACUGGGGACAAGAUCCUCAUGCCCUUUCGGAUGUCAGGUUAUAUUCCUUUUGGCACACCAGUGGUGAUCGGUCUCCUCCUACCCAACCAGACCCUGCUGUCCUCCAUCUUCUGGCAGUGGCUGAACCAGAGUCACAACGCAUGUGUCAACUACAGCAACCGCAACGCCACCAAGCCGACUCCCGUCUCCACGUUCUGCCUGGGCUACGUGGGCGCGGUGACCAGCGCACUCUCCAUUGCUGUGGGGUUGAAGGUCCUGGUGCAGAGAGCCGACAAGUUCCGCCCAGCCACUCGCUUUCUGCUCCAGAGGUUCAUCCCUUUCCCUGCUGUGGCCGGUGCAAACGUGUGUAACGUGCUCCUCAUGCGCCACUCGGAGCUGUCGGAGGGCAUCAGUGUGUUGGACGACAGCGGGAAGGCGGUGGGCACCUCCAGACUGGCUGCCAGCUCUGUUGGUUGGUUACUGUGUUACCUCCAGGCCCUUCUCGACACGGCACUCACCAGAGUGGUCCUGCCUAUGCCUAUCCUCCUGCUGCCCCCCUUCAUCAUGGCCAUGCUAGAGAGGUUCCCCUUCCUCCAGAAGCACAGGAGACUAGUCCUUCCCACCCACAGUGUGGUGUGCCUGGGAGCCUUCAGCCUGGCGCUGCCCCUGGCCAUCAGCCUCUUCCCUCAGAUGUCUCAGAUCGAUGUGUCACGACUAGAGCCGGACAUUGCCAUGGCGACUGAUUGUAAGAGCGUGACCUACAAUAAAGGGCUGUGAUUGAUAUGUUGGCUGGCCGGGUCACUAGCAGCCAUGCCCUGGUGGAGCCAUGUGACCAGCCAGACUGGGCCUGCACCUCCCAGCGCUGCCCAGUUAACCACACAGCCGACGGGCUUCACAGUGUCACUGGGGACUGGGGAGUUACACAAACGCUUGCUAGGAAAGGGUGUGAAAUACAGAGAAAGGGUGUACUAUUGCUACUACUGCAGCUGUAUUGGUGAGAUGUUUGCAAAGUGGUCCUUUGAACAUUGACAGAUCCACAGAUCAUUGACUAGGAUUUUGAAUCAGAUGUACUCUGACUUUAGUGAACUCUAAAUAAACCCCAUUUGCAGCGUUUAAUUUGUCAAAGGAUGUGCAAAUAUUUCCUGAUAAUCUUCUUGAGUAAUGCCCUUAGGAUUAUCUCGGCCUGGUGUUUAGUUAUGUAAUCAUACUUGAUUCAUUUACAUUUUCCACUUGAUGUCUUAUCUGCACUACUAUCAUAAGUUUUAUUUACCUGGUUGUCAAGGGAACAUGGCACGGUUGUUGGUUGUGCGGGGCAACGUGACAAGUCACCACAGGCUCGACUAUUAGAGAACAGUAGAUGUGCCUCCCUUGCAAGGCAAAUAAAAACAAUCUGUUCUCAAA